AGUUGUAGUUUCGGUGCGGCGGGCCCAGCAAGUCCAGUGGCUUCGCUCCGGUACCGCGGCGCCGAGGGCCGAGGCGGAAGCGGGGCGGCCACCCCCGGGGUCGAGGGCGCAGGGUCAGCGGUCGCGGGGCGCCAACCAGGGGCGCGGGGCUUUGGAAGUGCGCUUGCGCCUUGAUAGGCCCCAGGGGAGGAGGCAGGGCAAGGCCAGGCGAGGUGGCCAGUGGUCCGGGCAUCCAGCCUGGAAGAUGCACAAGAGGAAGGGACCCUCGGGACCGCCCGGCCGAGGUGCCGCCGCCGCCCGCCAGCUGGGCCUGCUGGUUGACCUCUCCCCAGAGGGCCUGAUGAUCCCCGAGGAUGGAGUUAACGAUGAGGAACUGGAGGCUGAGUUCUUGGCCUUGGUGGGGGGCCAGCCCCAAGUCCUGGAGAAGCUUAAAGGCAAAGGUCCCCUGCCCAUGGAGGCCAUUGAGAAGAUGGCCAGCCUGUGCAUGAGAGACCCGGAUGAGGAGGAAGGUACCGACGAGGAGGAUGUGGAGGCUGACGAUGACUUGCUGGCAGAACUAAACGAGGUCCUUGGGGAGGAGCAGAAGUCUUCGGAGUCCCGCCCUUCUGUGGCUCAGCCCAAGACCACAGCCCUCAGCCCUGGGAUAGAGGCCACCUUGCUGGAGAGGCUGGCCCUCUACCAGAGGGCGAUUGAGAGCGCUCAGCAAGCUGGGGAUGGAGCCAAGAUGCGGCGCUACGACCGGGGGCUGAAGACACUCGAAAACCUGCUGGCCUCCGUCCGGAAGGGAAACGCCAUCGACGAAGAGGACAUCCCACCGCCCGUGGCAGUGGGGAAGGGCCCAGCAGCCGUGCCCGGCCACGCGCCCCCACCCACCCCGCUGCCAGCCUCCACCAGCCAGCCAGCCCCGGAGUCCAGGGUCACGGUCGAAGGCCUACCUUCCUCUGCCGGGGCCUCAUCCACAGGCUCGGCUAAGCCCCAGCUCCCGCCAGGUCCCUGCAGCCCUGGCCCCCUGGCCCAGUUGCAGAGCCGCCAGCGGGAGUAUAAAUUGGCCGCCCUCCACGCCAAGCAGCAGGGAGAUACCGCCACUGCCGCUAGACACUUCCGUGUGGCCAAGAGCUUUGAUGCUGUCUUGGAGGCCCUGAGCCGGGGGGAGCCUGUGGACCUGUCCCGCCUGCCGCCUCCCCCUGACCAGCUGCCCCCGGACCCCCCAUCGCCAUCACCACAGCCUCCAGCUCCCAGCACGAUGCCCUCCACGCCAGAGGUCCUGCCACCUCCACGGACCCUCCUGGAGGCACUGGAGCAACGGAUGGAGCGGUACCACGUGGCCGCAGCCCAGGCCAAGACCAAAGGGGACCAGCGGAAGGCUCGCAUGCACGAACGCAUCGUCAAGCAAUACCAAGAUGCCAUCCGGGCCCACAAGGCUGGCCGAGCAGUGGACGUGACCGAGCUGCCAGUGCCCCCAGGCUUCCCCCCCAUCCAGGGCCUGGAGGCCACUGAGCCCACCCAGCAGAGCCUGGUGGGGGUCCUGGAGACAGCCAUGAAGUUGGCCAACCAGGAGGAAGGUGCAGAUGAUGACGACGAUGAAGAACCUAAGAAGCCCACCAGCCCUCCGGCCCCCACGGCCCAGCCCAAGGCCCCACCCUCAAGGGCACCCCAGUCAGGCUCCACCCCAGCAGCCAAAGCAGCCCCCAAGGGCACAUCCACCAGAGCCCAGCAGCAGCUGGCCUUCCUGGAGGGCCGUAAGAAGCAGCUCUUGCGGGCUGCGCUGCGAGCCAAGCAGAAGAAUGAUGUGGAGGGCGCCAAAAUGCACCUGCGCCAGGCGAAGGGGCUGGAGCCCAUGCUGGAGGCCUCACGCAAUGGGCUGCCCGUGGACAUCGCCAAGGUGCCCCCUGCCCCUGUCAACAAGGACGACUUCUCUCUGGUCCAGCGGCCUGGCCCAGGUCUGUCUCAGGAGUCUGCCCGGCGCUACGGUGAGCUCACCAAGCUCAUAAGGCAGCAGCAUGAGAUGUGCCUGAACCACUCCAACCAGUUCACCCACCUGGGCAACAUUGCCGAAACCAGCAAAUUUGAAAAGCUGGCAGAGGACUGUAAGCGGAGCAUGGAGAUUCUGAAGCAGGCAUUCGCCCGGGGUCUCCCCACGCCCACCGCCCGCUUUGAGCAGAGAACCUUCAGCGUCAUCAAGAUCUUCCCGGACCUCAGCAGCAAUGACAUGCUCCUGUUCGUUGUGAAGGGCAUCAACUUGCCCACGCCCCCAGGCCUGUCUCCCAGUGACCUGGAUGUCUUUGUUCGGUUUGACUUUCCCUAUCCCAACGUGGAAGAGGCUCAGAAAGACAAGACCAGUGUGAUCAAGAACACCGACUCCCCUGAGUUCAAGGAACAGUUCAAACUCUGCAUCAACCGCAGCCACCGGGGCUUCCGAAGGGCCAUCCAGACCAAAGGCAUCAAAUUCGAAGUGGUCCACAAGGGGGGGCUGUUCAAGACUGACCGGGUGCUGGGCACAGCCCAGCUGAAGCUAGAUGCCCUGGAGAGCACGUGCGAGGUCCGGGAGAUCCUAGAGGUCCUGGAUGGCCGCAGGCCCACCGGGGGGCGGUUGGAGGUGAUGGUCCGGAUUCGGGAGCCACUGACCGCCCAGCAGUUGGAGACCACGACUGAGAGGUGGCUGGUCAUCGACCCCGUGCCAGCAGCCGUGCCCACACAGGUUGCUGGGCCCAAAGGGAAGGCCCCUCCGGUGCCCGCCCCUUCGAGGGAGCCAGGGAACAGGCCGGCCCGGCCCCUGCACAGCCUCAGCGUACUGGCCUUCGAUCAAGAGCGGCUGGAGCGGAAGAUCCUGGCCCUGAGACAGGCGCGGCGGCCGGUGCCCCCGGAGGUGGCCCAGCAGUACCAGGACAUCAUGCAACGCAGCCAGUGGCAGAGGGCACAGCUGGAGCAGGGGGGCCCGGGCAUCCGGAGGGAGUACGCGGCCCAGCUGGAGCGUCAGCUGCAGUUCUACACAGAGGCGGCCCGGCGUCUGGGCAAUGACGGCAGCAGGGAAGCUGCCAAGGAGGCACUCUACAGGCGGAACCUCGUAGAGAGUGAGCUGCAGCGGCUCCGCAGGUGAGGGUUGCCCAAAGCCCUGGCACCGGGAGGAGCAGACCGAGCCACAGCCAGAGAGCAGACAAGCAGACAAUCAGCAGACCGUCAGCUCCAGAUGGACACGUUCCCCGCUGGGUUCUCCCUGGCCAGGGGCACCGAGGAUGGCACCACCAGCCAGCUUGUGCCCCUUGCCCGGGCCUGGCUGGGUGAGCCCUGGAGAGUCCUGUUUGCACAGCCUGGGGUGUCCGGCCCCUGGCCUGCCCCAGACUGCCCCAGAGGUGGGGGGGGGCAGCUAGGACCAAGCCCCGAGGGCCCCUGCAAGCACUUUACUUCCUUUCCCUUCCCAGCCUUAACCCAAAAGCCCACCCACACCCCAAAGAAGCCGCUGAGGUCAGCCAGAGCCUGGCCUGCUCCCCAGGGCUGACACAGGGAAUAAACCGCCAGGGCCAUGCCUGGCUCACUCUG